CCUGCAGACUCCGGGACAGCAGCCAAACUGAUGCCAUCUCAAGAAGAGGAACGCAACAAAAUGGCAGGAAAUUCCUACUUGGUUUGCUCCCAUAAGAAAAAGAAAUUCUUUUCAAAAGUGGCUGCCGAGCAUUCUGUCUUUUCAACCAGGACAUUUUAAGACACCAGCAUGUCGAUGGAGAAGAAGGUUGUGUUGAUCACAGGAUGCUCAUCUGGGAUUGGACUCAGCUUGGCUGUUCGAUUGGCCUCUGACACCAGCAAAGUGUUCAAAGUGUAUGCCACAAUGAGGAACCUGGCCAAGAAAGAACGACUUUUAGACUGUGUAAAAGGUCUGCACCAGGAUACGUUGGAAAUACUUCAAAUGGAUGUGACUGAUAGACAAUCCAUCCUGACAGCACGAGACAAAGUUGUGGAAAAACGGGUGGACAUUCUGGUGUGUAACGCCGGUGUGGGUUUGAUGGGACCCCUGGAGGUUCAGUCCUUAGACUCAAUGAGGCAUAUUCUGGAGGUCAACCUUCUUGGCACCAUCCAGACCAUGCAGGUGUUCUUGUCAGGGAUGAAAGCUCAAGGUCAGGGCCGGAUUCUGGUCACGGGCAGCACUGGAGGGCUUCAUGGUCUUCCUUUUAAUGAGGUGUACUGUGCCAGUAAGUUUGCAAUUGAAGGCGCAUGUGAGAGUCUGGCUGUCCUCCUGCAACGCUUUAACAUACAACUCAGUCUCAUUGAGUGUGGUCCAGUCAACAGUGACUUCUUGAUUAACCUGCAGAAGGCAGAGCUCGGGGAUUCAUCCCUGCAACAGGUUGAUGGACAGACGCUCAGUCUGUAUGAAAAAUACCUGCAACACUGCAGCAUGGUUUUCCAAAAUGCUGCACAGGACACUGAAGAUAUUGUUGAGGUAUUUCUUGAUGCCAUCCAUUCCACCAGUCCUGCAUUCAGAUACUUCACCAACAGCGUCAUGCCACCUGUUACCAAGCUGAAGGUCCCAGAACCAGAUGGAAUGGAAUACAUCAAAGCUAUGAGCAAGAUCAUUUUUGCAGAUGAGGACCAAUAACUGCAGAAAUGUUGCUUUUUCAUUCAAGCAACCACUUUAUCUGCAAACUUUGGCCUAAAUGAAAAGAAUAGUGUUUGUUUUUUCUAAUUUUAGCUUCUGGGGCAAAGGUGAUGAAGUGAGUUUUGUAAGAGGAGUUUGCAAAAAAAAAAAAUGCAACUCCACAUUCUAUAUUUGUCUGAGAGUUAUUGCUUGUGGAGUAAUAUUUGAUAAGGAUUACAUAUAUUGUUUUAAGUCUUUCCACAACCUUUACAUUAGUUUAUUUCAACAAAGCUUUUAUCUUACAUUCCAUAUUUUCUCUGGGAUUGCAGUGCUUCAUGCUAGGCUCUUGCAUUAGAUUGUUGAAACUGAAAAUUUUCUAAAAAUGUACCCAUGUAACUCUAGUUUGCUAUUUUUAACGCAUGGGGGAAAAAAACUGUCUCAUCUUAAAGCAAGAGGCAAAAACUGGCUGAAUGGUGGUCUAUGUAAAGACCCAAAACCUGGAAUAAUUAUUGUGUGUCAUGUUAUAUUAAUAUUCACACAUACAUACAAAAUUAUACAUGUAUGUAUAUGUGUAUUUGCAUGUGUGCAUUUUGCAGUUUUUACUUAUAAAAGAAAAAGUUAUCUAAGUCAAACUGAUCCUAAAGUGAAAAGCAAUAACAGUUUUUUUAAAUGCAAAUAUGGGGGCAAAGUUUCAAAGAAACAGACAGCAUUGCAUCACUGCAUCAUGAGAUGUUCAGUGUACUCAGUGAAAGGCGCGUGACAAGACGUCAGCCAAAGCAAACACAAUACAAAGAAAUCCAAUUGAACUUUUAAUCAAAGAUAUAUGAAACAAAGGAUUCCUGGAAGUCUUUUCUCUUUCAGCAAGAAUCGAACAGGGUUAGAAGUCAAAAAAUGUUUACAAACAUUUGUCUAAUUUGAAUUUUACUAAUUUUAAGUUACAUUUGAACAAACUGCUGAGACAUUAAAUUGUUGCACAAGGUUUCAUGGAUCAAAGUCUCAGCAGACAGUCGUUGACUCUGUAAUGUUUAAUUCAGUCAGGGGAUUAGCCUGUCCUCUUCUGACAUGAGACAGGUUAUCUUGUCUGUACAUCUACGUCUUGCGUAUCUGACCUAUUUUUUGACAUGCCUGACUGAGACUCUCAAAUCCUUUCCUGAUUAGGUGCUCUAAUUCCUUUCUGAGGAUCCUUUUUUUUUUGGAUCCAACAGCAACAAGUUUGGCCAUGUUAGCUCACAACCCUUUAAGAUAAAAGCACAGACAUGUGAGCACUUUAAAAUGCAAUGUAUUAUGUGGAUCUGUAAUUCUGGGAUUUAAGGGUGCUGCAAGUACAAAUAAUUUUUCACAUUCGGUCUGGAGAGAUGACUUGACAACAUUUUUUUCAAGAUAUUUUAAAUAAAUCAAAUGCUUGCCUGCUACCUUA